AUGUCUGUCGCCGUUCCCAACCUGAAGCCUUUGACGGAAGAUCCUGAGCGAUACGAAGAAGUAUUCUACAAGGCUUUCUUCAAAGUUUCCCAGACAGAUGUUCUUCUUGAGAAGUUGAAUCAGUUUUUCGAUGAGAAGGUGAUGGAUCUUCUGACUGGUGUCUUUGGUCGUGAGGAAGUUGUCAGUCUACUCGGAGUAGGAGUUGGUGAAGGUCAUACUGAAUUUCACUUUCUCAAGAGUCUUCAAACUCACUACUCAUCGAUGUGUAAUAUUGCUGUGGAUCCUAAUGAAGGCAUGUUACAAACAUUCAAAACUAGAGUUGAUACGUUGAAUUCAGAUGGCAAAAGUUCUAUUUCCUGUCACUGGAUCAACGGUUCCUUGUCUCAAUUCCUGACUGACAGUCCUAUGGCCAAGACCAAGUAUAAUCUCAUCAGCGCCAUCCAUUCACUGUUCUAUGCCGGUGACUUUGAGACGACCUUCACCCAGCUCGCAUCCAUGUUGAAAGACAAAGGUGUCACGGUCAUUGUUUGUAAGAAGGGUAAGUAUAGAAUUGAUAAAAAAAUAAACAAACGGUGCACCGUGUGAAGGAUGAGAAUUAUCGUUUAACUUAGCUGUUCAUAUAUACGUUUGUGACUUUGACUUCUGCGAUUUUUGUUUUGUAAGUUAAUUAUUUUUUAAGAGAUUGAAAAUGAAU